AUGCGAACUGUAACGCGACUAGCAACCGCGCACGCCAAGCAUGAACAUGCUGCUUGGGACUGUAGCUCAGUCCUAAGAAGACUGGCAAUCUUCGUACGGCACUUCCAACGUCACCUGAACGAAAAGGAUGUGCAUGAGGACUGUAUCCUGGCACUGCAUAGCCUCCUCAAAGUUCCGGCUGUGGCGCUCAUGCUGCCCAUGCCGCUCUCUGACGCUUCGCAGAGGGCGCUUCGUGACAUCGAGCAAGCAGGUGCCGAAAUUGCCGUCGUGGCUGAGACGAGUUUCUGGGACAGCCCGAGGAUGCUCUAUAUCUUGAAAGCGGCACAGGUCACAACUCAAAGUCCAGUUCUGCAGCUGCAAAAUAUCCUUGAGGUGGCUACUCAAGCAACGCUGCCUGUAAAGCCGGCUGACGGGCCGUGGCUGUGGGGUUUGCACGAGCCAGAUGUCUCAGCAGCGCUGCUCAUCUGCGAGGCCCUGGACGACACAGAAUCUUGCUUCUGGCGCACCCUGCGCAACGUGCGUAUCCUGACGCCCCUCUGCUUGGAAGAGCAGCUGCGACAUGUCAGGGAUCAGUAUGCCCCGUGCAAAUCCUACAUCCUGGCUUGGAUGAAUCUGUACGCACAGGGCAUGUGGCCCUUGCUGUUGUUUUUUGUACCUUUCGCGCUCAUCUUCGAAGAGAAGCCGGAGCAGCUGGGUGCAUCCAGCUGGGAGUUCUACACGCUCCAGGCGGUUGUCGUCUGCUGGGCCGUUGUCAUCAUCGGUCGCAGCCGGAAUCGCGCUCAGUUCCUCGAGACCUAUGUGCCUGGAGAGGCCACAGGUUCGUUGAAUGCGAGCAAGAUCGCCGCUUCGAACAAGCACAUUUUGAAGGAGAUCAUGUCGCAGACAGGAUCAGGCGAUGCUUUUUCCAGCGCACCCAAUUUGACCCAAAAUCCGGACUAUCAGGCAGCGGCCCAUCCCAAGCUUUGGGUAGCUUGGUGCAUCAUUCGGUCAGGCGUGGAAGGCCUCCUGUGCCUCACGCUCGCCGUCCUUUUUCUUCUCCUCACGAUGGAGCUGAAGUUCCUCCUGAUAUUUGAGUGGGGUGAUUGCUACCAGUUGGGUUGCCAUGACCCAGCCAAGAAGCAUGGCUUCGCUGGCAUACUGUCCAUGAUUGCAUGUGACAUCCUCUUGGCAUUGCUGAUUGCUGUGGCCACGGGCGAGCUUUGCAAAGCAUUUGCACGCAGCAUUGCCAAGAGCUGGAAUUUUCGCAGCAUGAUCGUCCGGUUAUUUGUGGAACACUUCACGGCCAUCAGUAUCGACAUCAUUGCUACCAUUGGUGUGUUUUCUUUCCUGGCCUUUUCUUUCCUUCCCGAAUGGGAAAAGACGCCGGAAACGGAAUGGUGGGAUUCUGCAAGCUGUACGGACUUCUGGGAUUUCCAGGCCUGCCGUGCCAUACGAAGCUGCGCUGCUGAUGAUCCAGUUUGUUGCGCGGGCACCCUGUUCUGUGCACGGUCGAAACUGGACUUUUACAAGAGACGCGACCUCUUCGAAGCUUGGCUGGGCGGACUUUUCAUUGUCGCCCCAUUUGUGGAGAUCCUUAUGGAGUUCAUUGUGCCUCUGAUCGCUUAUAUGAUCCAUGUGCAAGUUCAGAUCUCGCGCAGAGACUUCAAGGAGGGGGAACGUCGACAGCGGUGUGGAUCAUGCUGUUGCCAUUGCCUUCAAGGACUUGGACGACUUCUCGCUUUCAUCUUCCUGUUGGAUGGAGGUGUGCUCGGGUUGCGCUACAUCUUCAAAGGGUUUCCCUUCAGCGCGCCGAGAAUCAUCGACGAGCAGGUGACCUCAAAGGCGUUCGGGCCCCUCUGCCUCGUUUGCAACAGGGAAAUGCAAUGGACUGAUGGAGACGCGAACGAUGGCUGGACAUGUCGACACCAUGAUGUUUGCGGGCGUAGCAGUGAGAACAAGGGCGCAUACCGUUGGCACUGCUACAAAUGUGGCAUGGACAUCUGUGGAGACUGCCAUCCGCAAGCGGCCACGGUACUUUACGGCCUUUUCGGGCCUCUGGACCAGCGGCUUCUGCGCGAAAUGGAUCCUUUGAACGAGCUGAAGUUGGUGAAGAUGAACUUUCUGAUCUUGGUAAUGUUUGCGCCAAUGAGUCCCCUGGGGCUGAUCCCUCAGAUGUUUGCGCGGCAGCUGGAUUUGCACUCCCGGCUGCCUAAGCUGCUCAUGGUGCGACGCCGGAACUUUCCCACGGACAACCGCCUAGCUCAUACGAGCCAGAGCAUGUUCUGCCUGCUGAUACUGCCGCUUGUAGCGCUCUGGCACACAGGUUUGAGCCUGGUGUCCAAGAACGUGGACCUGCACAGGCAGCCACAGAAUGAGAUCCUGCUCGCUUGGCUCGGCGCCGGCUUGGCGGUGGGCCUGCUCGCUUUGCUUGGCCAGUUUCUGGUCUCGUGCCUUUGUGGUGAUGCGAUGCGGCACAAGGUGUUGGGUUCCCAAGUCUCCCCUGAAGUGGAGAUCUUGGGAAAAGAGGGAAGGGCACCCUGA